UCUCUCUCUCUCUCUCUCUCUCUCGUUCGCUUGGCCUCCCGCCACCGAGAGUCAGAGCAGCAGUCGGCAGUCACAGACGCUUGCAGUGACUUGUGUGAACGAACAACUCGCCUCUCCGCUAAGCCCACAAACCACAGCACAAUAAUAUUGUGGGCUGGGACAAGAGCUCGAUCGAGUCCGUGAUACCGAGAGGCGGUGUUUUCGAAGGGAGCGGGACCUUCACUUCAAGAGGAUUAGGAUUCCACCGGGUGUGGUGUGUUUCUGUUGUUUUUGUGUUCAACGAAACUACAACAAUUACAUGACAGUCAAGUGUUGAGACCAGCCUGCCUUUUGAAAACGUGAAACUUCGAAAAGGAAUAACUCAUAAGCGUGGGUGACGUAUAGCACUGUGAACCCUAGGGGUCAGGCCAUCCAGACAUCAUGGACGGGAAAACAGAGGCGAACAACCACCUGGAGCAGUUCAGUAAGGCUAUGAACAUGUUCCGGGAUCGUGCCAUACAGAUUCUGGUAUACAUGCUGUUCCAACUCACGCGGACUAUCGUGGUCACGUUCCAGAAGUUCACGUGGGCCGUCACGGGAGUUGAGCGCAUCAGACGUGACGCAGCCAGAGGACUACAGUUCAAGCAAAGUGCGCAUGUGCAAGAAAUUUUCUGGAAACGGAAGUUCUUUGACCACUCGGUGGCAGAUCCCAGCAAUUUCAUCACCACGCACAAAGGUUUUAGACCCCCGAGUUGUAUCUUCAAAUCUAACGUGUCUCUUUACUGCAUGACUCGGAGAGAGGCUGUGUUUGUAGAAGUGAAGGAGUCGGACAAUGUGUACAAAUCCAAACACAGCAAUUAUUUGUACCAGAACCAGUACCACCACGCCGUGAACGUCAUCACCAUGCCCCUGGCCUCCUUCCACAAGAUGGCCAGUGACGUAGGGAACCCCAGGAUUCCAGUCACAUGGUUGUCUUGUACUGCUAGAAGUGGUGCAACCUUAGUCAGCCAGAUGAUGCACCGUAUCCCAGGCAUGCUGUCUCUGUCAGAGCCGGACGCUAUCACUACGCUGGGCUUCCUGUACAAGAAGAAGUUGAUCCAGCCUAGCGAGUACAAACAACUGCUGGCUAGCUGUGUCCGGCUCCUGUGCAAGCCUGACGACAGGUACAGUGCCGUUUUCGUCAAGGCCCGGCCCUGCACCACAAGUCUCGUCGAGGAUAUUGCUCAGGUGUUCCCCCGUUUCCGCUACCUGUUCAUGUACCGCAACAGCGUGAAGAGCCUCAUGUCCAACCUGAGUCUGUUACAACAAGACCCCGCCCCGAAGGCUCUCCGCUUCAUCAUGGACAGCCCAGUCCUCUCCACCUUCUUGCCGUUCGUCCGCUCCUACUUCUACUACUACCACGUCUUCCUCAACGAGAAGAAAGUCUCCAGCAUUGUCCCGACGAAACUAGGCAGUGUCGGCAUCAUAACCGCAGCGUGGGCAGCCAGCGUGUCUCAGUGCGCUGACCUCAGAUACAAAGGGUUCAACAUCGGUUCGAUUCUCUAUGAAGACUUCAUGAUUAACCCACGUCGCUCUCUCUCUGUGCUUCUGUCUCUGCUGGAUAUCCGGAGAGAGCACCUGGGUCCGGCGGCGGAGGCGCUGAAGGCUGACGUGAACCGGGGUACCUCCCACGACACCGGCGUGGACGCGCGGAGGGCACUGACCCCGGAGAACCGACAGGAGGCGGACAAUGUGCUCAAGGCUUAUGGGUUGGCCAAGCUUGGGGAGCGUUAUGAGGUCUCAGGGUUGUUGAAGCUCGAGUAGAGUGGUUCUUUAUAGUGUGUGGGAUAAGCAUUUUGGGCGGUUGGUUGGAGGGCGUCAGUAGUACUUUCUACUUCUUUUCAUUCCCACUGUUAAUUUUGACUGUAUUGCUUUUUCCAUGCUCUUCCCAAACUCAAAAUGGUCUUUUGUAGUGUGUCAAUUCCGAUGCCAUUGUGGGGUAAGACAAA